AUGGAAACCCCUGGGGAACCAGGAGCAGGCCCUCUUGGAGCCCCCAACCCAUCCAGCAUUACUCCUGGGCACCUGGAGAGAGAAAAGCCAGCCCAGGACCCACUGUACGACAUGCCCGAUGCCAGCGGGGGGCGGGCAGGUGGACUCCAGCGGCCCGGGCGCGCCGUGAGCCUGCGGGAGCGUCUGCUGCUCACCCGGCCCGUGUGGCUGCAGCUGCGGGCCAACGCCGCGGCUGCACUGCACGUGCUGAGGACCGAGCCCCCGGGGACGUUCCUGGUGCGGAAAUCUAACACCCGCCAGUGCCAGGCCCUGUGCGUGCGGCUGCCCGAGGCCAGUGGCCCCUCCUUUGUUUCCAGCCACUACAUCCAGGAGAGCCCUGGUGGAGUCUCCUUGGAGGGCUCGGAGCUCAUGUUCCCAGACCUGGUCCAGCUCAUCUGCGCCUACUGCCACACCCGGGACAUCCUUCUCCUCCAGCUCCAGCUCCCCAGAGCCAUCUGCCAGGCAGCCACCCACAAGGAGCUGGAGGCCAUCUCCCAUCUGGGCAUUGAGUUCUGGAGCUCCCCCCUCAACACCAAGCCUCCGCGGGGCCCCUCCGAAGGCCCACUACUGCCCCGGCUGAAGGCCCGGUCCCCUCAAGAGCUGGACCAGGGCACUGGAGCCGCCCUGUGCUUCUUCAACCCUCUGUUCCCAGGGGACCUGGGCCCCACCAAGCGGGAGAAAUUCAAGAGGAGCUUCAAAGUGCGCGUGUCCACAGAGACCUCCAGCCCCUUGUCUCCACCUGCCGUGCCACCUCCCCCCGUCCCAGUGCUGCCAGGGGCAGCCCCCAGCCAGACAGAGAGGCUGCCCCCUCACCGGCCGCUGCGGAGGGAGAGCUCAGUGGGAUACCAUGUGCCCAGGGACCCCAGCCCUAACCUCCCACCCCUGCCCUCCCUCCAGGAGGUGGACUGUGGCUCCCCCAGCAGCUCUGAGGAGGAGGGGACGCCGAGAUCCCGGGGGAGCCCAGCGACCUCACCCCAGCUGGGCCGACGGCGGCCUCUGCUUCGGUCCAUGAGUGCUGCCUUCUGCUCCCUGCUGGUGCCCGAACGGCAGGUGGGCAGGGUGGCCACAGCGCUGGUGCAGGACCGACACACUGCUGUGGGCCAGUUGGUGCAGGACCUACUGACCCAGGUGCGGGCCAGUCCUGAGCCCCGAGAGCUGCAGGGCAUCCGCCAGGUGCUGAGCCGAGCCCGGGCCAUGCUGACCACGGAGUUGGGCCCUGAGAAGCUGCUGCCACCCGAGAGGCUGGAACACGUCCUGGAGAAGUCGCUGCACCGCUCUGUGCUCAAGCCUCUCCGGCCCAUCCUGGCAGCCCGCCUGCGGCGCCGGCUUUCCGCAGACGGCUCCCUGGGCCGCCUGGCAGAAGGAUUCCGCCUGGCCCGUGCCCAGGGCCCUGGCGCCUUUGGCUCCCACCUGAGCCUGCCCUCCCCGGUGGAGACGGAGCAGGUGCGCCAGAAGCUGCUGCAGCUGCUCCGCACCUACUCACCCAGUGCCCAGGUCAAGCGGCUCCUACAGGCCUGCAAGCUGCUCUACACAUGCCUGAGGACCCACGCAGGGGCAGGCGCUGGUGCUGAUGAGUUCCUGCCGCUGCUGAGCCUCGUCGUGGCACAGUGCGACCUUCCCGAGCUGCUGCUGGAGACGGAGUACAUGUCGGAGCUGCUGGAGCCCACCCUCCUCACCGGGGAGGGUGGCUACUACCUGACCAGCCUCUCGGCCAGCCUGGCCCUGCUGAGCGGACUGACCCAGGCCCACACCGUCCCCCUGAGCCCCUCACAGGAGCUGCAGCGCUCCCUCAGCCUCUGGGAGCAACGCCGCCUGCCUGCCACCCACAGCUUCCAGCACCUCCUCCGAGUAGCCUAUCAGGAUCCCAGCAGUGGCUGCACCUCCAAGACCCUGGCUGUGCCCCCAGGGGCCUCGAUUGCCACCGUGAACCAGCUCUGUGCCACCAAAUUUCGAGUGGCUCAGCCUGAUACUUUUGGCCUCUUCCUGUACAAGGAGCAGGGCUAUCAGCGCCUGUCCCCUGGAGUCCUGGCCCAUAGGCUUCCCACCACCGGCUACCUCGUCUACCGCCAGGCAGAGCAGCCCAAGACCCAGGCGACAGCAACAGAGGAGGAGGGCAGUGGGCAGCCAGGGGCAGGGAGCGGGGAGGAGGGGAAACGGGGCCCAGGAGAUGGGGACGUUGCAGUCAAAGCCAGCCUCAGGGACAGGAAUGGAGAGUCUGAGACAACUGCUGAGGGGGCUGAGGGUCAGACCAGGGGAGGCCCUGCUCAGCCAGAGGAGCCAGAGGCUGAGAGGAGCCAGGCAGCACAGGAGUAGCUGGAAGCAGCCAGAAAGGCCAUUUGGGACAGGAGACUCAGAGGCUGCCAGGAAGGCCUUUCAGAGCCAUCAACCCUACCAGCCAAGGCCACAGCCACCUGGGCCACGGCGACCUCGGGCCCUUUCCUGUGUCUGCAAC